GGAGCGAACCUUCCUGCUGCCCCGGGCUGAGCAAAAAGUGUGCUUGGCGGGCGGAACGGCUCUCAGCAACUCACGGUCGGCAGAAGCAGAGCGGUGCAAGGAGCAGAAGCAGCCCGGCCUAGGUCUUUGGUGGAAAUUGGCCAAGAUGCAAAAGAUGCAUGAUUUUUUGGAUAAUGAAGUCACUCUGGCAUUUGUUAGAUAUGGACUCAUUCUUAUUGGGAAAAUGAUGCUCAUGAGCAUAAUCACUGCUUUCUUCCGAAUGAAGAAAAAGGCGUUUGCUAAUCCUGAAGACAUAGCAUCGUUUGGAAAAGGAGAGAACGCGAAAAAGUUUCUAAGGACUGAUCCUGAUGUGGAACGUGUACGCAGAAUCCAUCUCAACGACCUGGAGAACAUUAUUCCAUUUCUUUUUGCUGGGUUCUUCUAUUCUUUUUGUGGCGUGACCCUCUCUGCCGCUUUGAUGCACUACCGGAUUUUUCUCGGUUCUAGGAUCUUCCACACCUUGGCUUACCUGAUACCUCUUCCCCAGCCCAGUAGAGCUAUGGCUUGGUUUGCUGGUUACUUAGUGACCUUUUCAAUGAUAUACAAGAUUGUAAUGGUUACUUUCACUAUGUCUUAGAAAA